CCUCUCAUCUUGCAAAGGCGAAUGAUGUGCGUUAUAUAUUACACCUUGUGUUCAGCGUCACGUAUGGUUUGAUAGGACUCAGUUAAAGAGCAAGUGAAUCCCAGAGAGCGCCUCACCUGCACUUUCUCAAUGAUUUACCUCACAAUCUGUACCGGUGAAGAUGAAUGUUCUGGAGGCUUCAGGAGACCCAGAGGGAGAAAGCAGUGACUACUUAACAGGAAGGAAGAAGUCUAGGUUAAAGUCUUUUAAGUCACUUGUGUUUGGAAAGAUGAGAAAAGAGGAUAAUGGUGGUAUGAAGCUAAGUCGGUCUGAAAGUGACAUCACAUGGAGUGUGGAAGACUCAGAAUGCUCUCUUUUUCUUUUAAGUAAAUGCCCUUCUCUGCAUUUUAAAUCUUUUUUUCAAAGCUGUUCCAAAGGCAUGCUGUGGUCCCGGGCAUUUUCACAUGACAGCAUUUUUCAGGCAGAGCACAGUCAUUCAGACCCUGAACCACUGAGAAUUCUGUCUCAAGAGAUCAUUCAUGGCAGAAUUCGAGCUCUGCAGAUGAAACUCCAGCAGCAGAAGCUGCAUUUGGGUUCUCCCUCCCUUCUGUUGCCCUUUAAACGGCGUGAAGUCUUAGGUGGAAGUUCAGGAGAUGACGGCCUUUCUUGUAACCCCUCUGAAGUAUCCCACGGUGAAGGACUAUAUAAGAGCAUAUCGAACAAGUUUCCGUUUUCUGUCCCUCCAAAGAACCAUAGCACCUUGAGCUUAGCUGAAACAGGAAGUGAGGAGGAAGAGCAGGCCUCUGGCUCAGUGGAUUUUAGCACUCCCCCACAGUUCACUUCCCUUCUGAACAACUCAGCUGCCCGUCACCGUAUGUCCCUCAAGCCUAAGAACCAAAGAGCCAGUGCCAAGAACAGGAGGGCAACCACUUCGGCUGGAAGCAGAGCCCGAUCUGAGAGUCUGAACAAUCUGGAUCAAUCAUUGAACGCUACGGCGGAUGAGACUCUCGUUAAAGAGAUACCCCGUGCUCGCUCGUAUUCUUCACAGGUCUUACGGGGGGAGAGGCUAACGACUUCACAAAUCAAUAGUCCAGUUCCAGUGUCACCUUUAAUGUCUCUGCAUACUGCUGGAGACAGUAGAAAACUUUCUGCUGAACCUGAGCUUGAGAGAAACCUCCUGUCCAAAUCGCCUCCAAGCCAUAGCCUACGAGAUACGACUCCAGCUGUGUCACCUUUUGCCAAACUGCUAAUCCCAGUGGUGCCAAUUGACAAAAAGGGAAAAGGAGAAGUGAGUGAGAUGCUCAGUAGCUCCAAACUACUCAAGAAUAGCCAAAGUACCAUUGUGUCAACUGUAAGCCCAACUGUAAGACCAAGUGUAACUACCACACCAGAAUUGAGUACUGUGAAAGAUGAGAAGUCUGUUGCUGUGCCAAUAGAAACCAAGAUGGACAAAUGCAGUGUUCAGAAUACAGUAAAUAAUGAAAAUCACCCAGCCUCUGCUCAUGCUUCAACCAAUGUAAUUUGUGGAAUAAAUCUGAGACCAUCAUCUUUGAGGAGAAAUAUACCUUCCACAGAUGAAAAACAAAAAAAACAGUCCGGGACUCUUCAGCCAGUUAGCACAGCAUUGGCUGUUUGUCUUAGAAAUCACACUCAAACAGAAUCCAUAAAGCACCAGAGAACUGGAUCGUUCCACUUUAAUGUCUCCUCAGACAAGAAUCAAGAGCGGCCAAGGACCGCAAGUUUCACUGGAGUAGUUGGACAAGCUGGAUUUAAAAAUAAACCUCCAUGUCCUGUCAAACCUCCUUUAAAUUUCAAGAUAGAGAGGCAAGUAAGUUCACAAGUUGUGAAAACAGUAAAAGAAACAUGCCCUAACAUACCACCAGCUUCAAAGAAGGAAGACAAAAUGGACACUUCUCCAGUGAUGCCAACAAAGUUCACAGAUCUAGCAAAGAGUCGCCCUCGGGCCUUGGAUGUGGAGGAGAGUCAGGACAACGAGAAGCAGGAAACUGGGGUAGAGGUUACAGAAGAAGGAGUACUGGAGGUGGAGGUGGCAGAAGAGGCACGUGAGGAUGUCAUGAAAGACGUGACUAUGGGGAAAGACAGAGAGGCUACAAAUGCAUUUGGAGUUAAACUUCGAUCUACCUCUCUUUCACUAAAAUUUCGCUUGGACAAAGCACAAUCAGAAGACAAAGUAAAAUUUCACAAUGUUGAAGUCAGUGCACCGAUUUCACCUUCGGCCUCUCAGUCUGAUUCAACCAUCUUUGUGGAACCUGAAGACCAGUGCAUUGGCAUGGGGUCUACAAGAGUCCAUGCUAAACUCAAAGACUCUCCUCUACAAACUGAUGCAUCCUCAACUUUGGUUCAUUCCUUUGGUUCGCCACCUAAGAGUUUCUGUAGGGACAAAGAGAGAGCUGGCGUCCUCAGACAGGCUGCCAGCAAAUCCACUGAGAUUGUACAUUCACCAGGUAAAGAAGAUGCAAAAUUAUCCCCAGAAGAGACUACAGCGGUGUCCUCUCAGGAGAACGCACCAACAUCUACAGCUUCAGAGGUGUCUUGGAUGGAGAUGGCCAGAGAGAAGACCAGAAGUCUCCAACAGCUCUUUACCAGUAGGCUGCCUGAGUUUCCUAGCUGGCAAUCACGAUCAACAACCUUGACCACAACACAACCACAAACCCAAACAUCCACUUCACAAGCCAAUCCAAGAAUCACACAGAACAUUUCAAGCCAGCCGACAACUACACAACCUCUUUCGAGACCUCCAGAAACAAAACCGUUGCCAUCUGCACAGUAUUCUGGAAGAUCCACACAAUCUACCACUAUGAUACAAACUCAGACCAAAACAAUAACAACAAGCCAGCCUUCAGCAAAUUCAACUCAGACAACCACUAGUCAGUCUCAAAAAGACAGUGCCAGAGAAGUCCAGUUUCUGUCCAAGACUCAAAUUUGUAAUUCGACAACAAAACCAACCCACUCUACAGUUACAUGCACAUCGAUCAUCCAGCCAUCAUCACCACUGCGAGCAGCAUCACAGACCCCCUCAGAGGCUAUACUGCAUCCCACACCGCCCCCAGUUUACCCACAUCUGUCGUCAAGCCCAAAGUUAACGUCCCACCUUGUGUCCCAACAGUCUGCCAAUACUGUCUCAAAGGAUCAGCCUCAGAAUGAGGGCAGAGCACCAACCGUAUUUUCAGGGAAAGCUGACAGGUUGUCUGCGUCUCAGGGGAAGGGGACCGGGCCUGAAGAUGGCAGACCCGCGUUGGCAGCAGAAUCAGGAAACAAAAACUCGCUCUUACAGCGCUGGGAGAACCAAGCAACUGUGACAACCGAGACAGGUGAGCUGAACUCUACAGCAGACUCCCGAAGCACAUCUCAGUCUACAGUUCCUCUCAGACCGAUGUCAAAGGUCUCGGGCACAGGAUUCGACUCAGGUUUAUCAAUGCAAGCAUCAGUCUCUUCUGUUCCCACGAGGUCAGCAGACAGAGAGAAUAAAUCACCAUCAUCAUCACCUUCAUCAUCUCCUCUGCAGUCUGUCCGUGACAAUGCCCAACCAUCCUGGAUGGAGCUUGCCAAGAGGAAAUCCCUGGCAUGGAGUGAUAAGACUAUGGACUAAAAAAACAUUAUAUGCACAUGGAGGAAGAAUUUACAAGUGCAAGAAAGAGCUAUUCUGAGUUGGAUGCUGAGGUUGGAGGAUCUGAGGGCAUUUUCAUGCUACCAUUUCCUAAGUUGCAUCCAAGCAAUUGUACUUGAGUCAGAGGUUUGCUCCAUGUGAGCUUCAGUAGACUUGUUAACAGUUGAUGUUAAUGCAGUGUGUUCUGGAAGUGAACCACUGGAAGUGUAUAUUAUUGAAGGAAAGUUGCACAUUCAUCAGUCAGUAAACCUCCUAAUAGUGUUUGUUUUCUAAAACCUCAUGUGAGCUGCUUACUUUCUCUCCGUGUGAAGAAUGAAUGUAUGCACAGGAGUUAAGUACCAACGAAACAAAAAUGAGAAGUUAAUGUUGUGAGCUUAAUGUCAUGUUCUCUUGCAACUCUGGCUAACAGCUGCUGGUAAUGUAUUUUGUAAAUGCACCACAGUGCAGCACAAUAAAAAACACUGAGAAAGUAGAUCAGAGGUGGAAGGGGAGGGAAACAAAUUCAGGUUCAGACUCAAUCAAAAGCUCCCUGAGUGAGAUCUCAGGAACAGAUACAUAUGGUACCGUAUGUUUUACCCACUCACAUGUGUUCAGACACACAACAACAAUAUACAGUAAUUGUCUCCCAUGUAAUAUGUUCCUCAAUGUUUCUCAGGUUUAACACAUUGUUUUCUUGUGAAAAUAAUUAAUUUGAUUGUUUCCUUUCCAAUAAUAAAUAUUAUUUAUUGACAUGAAUUCCAUCUGAGAAUUUAUGUAUUGUGACAUUGUAUCAUCUGUUGAUUUUCUGACACCUAUUAAGUUUAAGGACUACUAUUUUAUGUUAAAUUAUGAGACUGUAAGAAUAUUUCAGAUUACUUUGAGAUUGCUUUUGAAAAUACAGGCUUCCUUGGCCAAUAAAUUCAUCUUAUUAAAUCUGA